AUGACGUCUGAACUCCUCAACCAAGCUGCUAUGCUUGUUGAUUCUACAAUUCAAAAAAUCAGUAACUCUCUCAUUCGUGAGGAAUUUUUUGUUUUCUUUGGUGACCACCUAGAUUUAGCUCUCGUCACUAUUCAAUUGAGCUCUUCCAACUGGAUCGCUUGGAAGGUUGCAGUAAAGGCUGCCUUAAGCUGCAAAUUUAAGGAAGGAUUUAUCGAUGGUACUAUUACUCCACCGUUAGUGACUGAUCCAGGAUACAAGUAUUGGCGUAGAGGUGAUAAUUUGGUUUUCAUGUGGCUUAAGAAUUCUAUUGCACCUGAAAUUGCCAGAUCCUUUGUUCACACUCCUCUGGCUUGUGAUUUAUGGCUCGAACUUAAAGAUUGGUUCUGUCGUGUAAGUGGACCUCAACUUCUUAUGCUUAAGAAUUCUAUUGCACCUGAAAUUGCCAGAUCCUUUGUUCACACUCCCCUAGCUCGUGAUUUAUGGCUCGAACUUAAAGAUUGGUUUGGUCGUGUAAGUGGACCUCAACUUCUUAUGCUUAAGAGGAAGAUUGUUAAUCUUUCCCAAGGAAUUGAAGAUUAA